UCUGCGGUGUCCAUCAUUCGAAUCGCGAACACGCUGCACCGCCGGUUUUAUAUACACGUAUAUCCUAUUUCCAGCGGCACGUACCAAGUCGCCGAGUGGUAGUACGCGGUCGUUUGCGUUAAUCGACGUAGGUGUUAUUAUAUAUUGUAUAGGUAGUCGAUUUGCGGAAUCCAAGCAGACACCAUGCCCGCCGCGGCCGCAGAGUAUAUGCCGGUGGCCGCCGAUCUGAUGCAGGCCAUAAAUGCAGCGGACAAAGCGCAGCAGCUGCGGGACAACGGGUCGCGGACGACGACAGUCUCGGCCGCCACCACCGCCACCGCCGUGGCCGUCUGUGAUUACAGGAGCGCGCCGGACAGGACCGAGCAUGAGGCGUUCAUCCAGGACGCGGUGCGCGUGAUGCUCGAACAGGCCGUAUUUCGUGGUACGGACCGCCGGCGUCCGGUGCUCAAGUGGAAGAGCCCGGACGAGCUGCGGAACACCUACGACUUCCAGUUGCAGCGAUCCGGUACAACGCACGACCACCUUUUGCAGCUGGUCGAGGGCGCCAUCGAGCACAGCGUCAAGACGGGCCAUCCGUAUUUUGUCAAUCAGUUGUUUUCCAGUGUCGAUCCUUAUGGCUUGGUAGGCCAAUGGCUCACGGAUGCCCUAAACCCGAGCGUGUACACUUUCGAAGUGGCGCCCGUAAUGACCAUUAUGGAGGAGACGGUGUUGUUGGAAAUGAGGAAGUUCCUCGGUUACCCAGACGGCAACGGCGACGGCAUAUUCUGUCCCGGCGGAUCCAUAGCCAACGGGUACGCCAUCAACUGUGCCCGGUUUUACGCUUUCCCCGAAGUCAAGUCCAAAGGCAUGCACGGAUUACCGAGAUUGGUGGUUUACACGUCGAUAGACGCCCACUAUUCGAUAAAGAAACUGUGCGCUUUCGAGGGCAUCGGUUCGGACAACGUGUACGGCAUCAAGACGGACGCCAAAGGCAAAAUGGACGUUGCCCAUCUGAGACAACAGGUCCGGAGAACGCUCGAUGAAAAAGCGGUGCCACUAAUGGUAUCAGCCACUGCAGGCACGACGGUGUUGGGGGCGUUCGACCCGAUAGCGGAAAUAGCGGAAGUGUGUCACGAGUAUGGCAUUUGGUUGCACGUAGAUGCUGCUUGGGGAGGCGGAGCUCUGGUGUCCAAAAGGCACAGACACUUGUUGGCCGGCAUCCACAGAGCCGAUUCGGUCACUUGGAACCCGCACAAGAUGCUGACCGCGCCCCAACAGUGUUCGACGUUCCUGACCAAACACGAACGGGUGUUGACGGACAGCAAUUCCAGUUGCGCUCAAUAUUUGUUCCAAAAGGACAAGUUCUACGACACGUCCUACGACACCGGUGACAAGCACAUACAGUGCGGGCGCCGGGCGGACGUUUUCAAAUUUUGGUUUAUGUGGAAAGCCAAGGGUACUGACGGUCUGGAAGCGCACGUGAACAACAACUUCGAUAACGCCAAAUACUUCACGGAUAAAAUCAGGAACAGACCGGGAUUCCAAUUGGUUUUGGACGAACCGGAGUACACCAACGUGGGCUUCUGGUAUGUGCCUCCCAGCCUGAGGCAAUGCCAGAAUGAUGAGGAUUUCAAGAACAAAUUACACAAGGUGGCGCCCAAGAUCAAGGAGAAAAUGAUGAAAGAAGGCACUAUGAUGAUAACGUACCAACCGAUCAACGAUUUGCCCAACUUUUUCCGGUUGGUGUUGCAAAACUCAUCGUUGACACACGACGACAUGGACUUCUUCAUUGCUGAAAUCGAACGGCUCGGAACCGAUUUGUAGUCCCCCGUCACUUGUUCCUAUAUAAUAUUAUAAUCAAUAGAUUUUUUUUUUGUAGGUUUAACGUAUUUGUGUGUAUGUGUUAUUUAAUAAAUAAAAAAUAUUAUUUUAAAAUUAUUUGUAAACCGAACGAGCCCGGAUCUAAAGAAUUAUAGGUAACGUACCUUGUAAUAACAUAGUGCUAUGUUAUAUUAUACUUUUACUGCAUUUUGGCGGGCUUUCGAGAGACAUUGUUAGCAUUAUUAUUAUAAUUUAUAGUGUUAUUGAAAAAAUGAAAUAUUGUGACCGAUAAAAAAAUGUAUUUAUAUAAAUCCGUGCACUACGGAUAAGAUGAAAUAAAGUAUAUUAUUAUAUCAUUA